UUCAGGGAAGCGCAACUACUACUCGUUCAACAUCGCCACGCGAGAUGACUUGACGAAUGCGCGACCUCAACGAUGAGCUCGAAUAAUCCUUUUGGAGAUGGAGCCGCCGGGCCUUCAGGAAGCAGAGGUGGCGAUGGCGCGGGCAGUCGCCGCUCGCAGCAUCGGCCACAAUAUAUGACGGUCGGGAGCGGGUCAACAUCAGAGGCGGCAGCGAGGUUACAGGCACUCCUGGACGAUGACUCUGGAUAUGGAGGAAGCAGCACGGGCGGCGAUAGCAUGGAGAACUCGUGGCAUCCGGGACCGACUUCAGAUCGUUUUACACCUUCGCUUACGCCAGUGCGGCCUGGAGAGACCAACGCAGAGUCGGAGAAUGAGAAGCGUGCAUUAGCAGCGCAUGUGCAUCAGAUGUACUAUAAUCAAAACCGGACCGCACUGGGGAGAGCCAUCAACCAGACAGUGCAAACAUUGAAGAAUCUACAAGAGAUGAACACGACAUGGCCGGCACACUACCCCACCGUACAACGACCACCGUCACCGCCGCCUGCACGACCAGCACCACGCCCAGGCCUUGCGCACACGCAGACCACGUUCGAUCUUGACAGCCUAGAUUCAGCGCCUCCAAGGCCACAGCUGCCCAGGCGAGCGGGUACGACGCUUGGGAAGGAGCCGGAGUCCAGCACAGAUGCAGCGAGGCGCGAGGGUGCAACAGCAACGGAGCCACGACUCGUGACACCUCAGCUUGCACAGGACUUCUCAGUUCUGAAGAUCGAAUUAAAGAUGGAGGGACUCGCGCAGUCGGACAUCGUACAUUCACUGGAGAAGCAGUCAGUUGCUGCUCUGCUGGACAAUCAGAUCAACAAAAGCGUGCGACAUCUCUUUGCGCUACGGGAAAGGAUUGAGGAUACGUCAAGCAAGGUGCUCAUUACGGGAGACUUGAACGCAGGAAAGUCCACCUUCUGCAAUGCUCUGCUCCGCCGGAAAGUGCUGCCAGAGGACCAGCAACCAUGCACAGCCAUCUUUUGCGAAGUACUGGACUGUCGGGAAAACGGAAACCUCGAGGAAGUACAUGCCAUCCCCCAUGGCAUAGUAUACGACCGAAAUGACGAGAGCACAUACCACGUCUAUCAGCUCAAGCAGCUCGAAGAUAUCGUUGUGGACAGUGAUCGAUACCAAAUGUGCAAGAUAUACAUCAGAGAUGCACGAUCGGUGGACCAAUCGCUACUGAACAAUGGAGUCGUCGACAUUGCACUGAUUGAUGCGCCGGGACUGAACAACGACUCAUUAAAGACGACAGCAGUUUUCGCGCGACAGGAGGAGAUUGACGUCGUGGUGUUUGUCGUCUCGGCAGCCAACCACUUCACAUUAUCUGCGAAGGAGUUCAUUUUCAACGCAGCACGGGAGAAGGCGUACAUGUUCAUGGUUGUGAACGGGUACGAUCAGAUCCGCGACAAGAAGCGUUGCCAAGAAACAAUCCUGAAGCAAGUUGCACAUCUUAGUCCUGCGACGUUCAAGGAGUCGUCUGAGCUGGUACACUUCGUCUCGAGCAAUGCUAUACCGGUCGGUCCAGCUCCUGGAGGUGCCCCUGGUGAUGGCUCCGGUGGCGGAGGCGCUUCUGGAGGCCCGUCCUUUGCCGACGGCGGCGAUGGAUCAGACAAUGACGAUGAUGGCGACCCUAAGGGCAAGCAUGGUGAGCCUGGCUCCCCUCCAGAUCGGAAAAAGGGCAAAGGAAAGGAGAAAGAGGCAUUGGACGACUUCAGCGAGCUCGAGGCGUCGCUGCGUCGAUUCGUGCUCGAGAAACGUGCGCGAUCAAAACUUGCGCCUGCAAAGACGUACUUGAUGAACGUUCUCGGCGACCUCAGCACACUUGCCUCUGUCAAUAAAGAUGUGGCACAAGCCGAACUUGAUCGUGUGACUGAAGAGCUCCGCAAACUGGAACCAGAGUAUGAAGCGUCGAAGAAAUCGCGCACAGAAGCGGACGAGACCGUUGCAGGCAACAUUGAAGAGACGACUAACGAAGUUUACAACCUGACGAGGAACACACUUACCGACUCCAUUAACAAAGUUGCUGAAAGCGAACUCGGCGUCGAAUAUCCUGGUGUACUGGGCGCAUAUGGCUACGCUGAAGAUCUGAAGACGGCAAUGCUGAAUCAGAUCACUGAGACAGUACGCUGGUGCGAAGAACGGGCACGGGAGAAGACUGUCCAUGGCGUCAGCAGCAUCAAGUCGCUAGGCAUACUACAUCUGGGCGACCAAUAUGUUGACCUGCAGUUCCGAUCCGAGAAAAUGUUCAAGAGCCGAAGAGACGCGCUCGCGAGACAGGUCGACUUUGAGCCGGAGCUGUGGGACUUCUUUGACUUGGCGAGCCUCUGGGAGCGUCAAGAAAAGGUUGCUGGCACAAGCAUGGCAGUCACAGUCGCUGGCGUUGUCGGCUCACGCAUGAUCGGCGGGGCCGGAUGGAUCGACGGCGCUCUCACAGCAACGAAGCUCGUCGGCACCAACAACCUGCGAAGAGCGUUUAUCCCAGGCGUUAUUCUUGCCGUCGCCCUUGGCGUCUCCUACGCUAUCUCACAAAUUCCCCACUCCCUUCCACGACGGCUUAGCUCAAAGCUUGCCGCACAGUUGGCCGCUCUUGACUACACACACGCCAAUUCUGCACGCAUCAGCUCUGAAGUCCGGCGAGCUUUGAAGUUCCCUGCUGAUAAGCUCCGCGAAGGCCUUCAGCGAAACAUGGAACAGCUUCAAGAACGCAAGAAGGAGACCGACAAGAUCCGAACAGAGAACGAGGUCGCAAGAAAGUACUUUGGCAACCUCGUGCGCGAAAGCAACGACAUCCGGAGUAGAGUCGAUCGAGUCGAUCUGGAAGGUCCGGCUCCGGGCAUUGCGGCAGCUUACGAUGCGUGAGUUCUGACCACCGCCAUACCUGCUUGCGUUGCUAUUAUAUGCAUGAUGUCUGGAGCGAGUGAAAAAGAGCAUGAGGAUGGCGUUUGUUGUUUCAAGGAGAUAUGGCACGAUGAAGUUCAGAUUCCCCCACCACACAGAAAGACAGACAGAAAGCGCGUGUUUUUGGGUUGUUCUUAUACAUACUACUUACUUGUAGAUGAUUCUCUCUUCUCAGAAGAAUGCAGUGAAAGACAUCACCGAUCAAUUCAAUACC